GUCAAGCGAUGCGUACCUCUUUCUCGGUCUCGAAGUCUUCUAGAAGCGAGUGCUCGGCUACGCUGGCGAACGGAAGGAGGUUUUUUCCUUUCCCGCGUGGUUGGUUCUUCGCUUUGCUGUUGGCGGACGCCAAAGGAAACAGCAGCACGCAGAUUGCGGCGGCGAAGCUCAGGCGCAUGACAGACGGGAGGUUCAUGGAGUGAAGGAGGAAGAACAGGAGGCGAACGAGUGCUAUGGAGGAGGGGCGGAUGACGACGAUCGAGGUCACCUAAGCAGUCACCUGUUGCUGUCACUCACCAACAGAAGCGCUGUAUUUUGGCUGCACGUUUUGCCAACCGACACCUCGCACAAACAAAGUCAAAAGUCGCACGUCCUUCCGUUAAUUCGACCGACCUGUUGA